AUGAAUGUGGAUUCGUCUAUGAGUAAGAGAAAAGCUGAAGAUUCCAGCUCAGACUCUUCUGAUGAUGAGUAUGGCCCUUCUCUUGCACCAGCUACAAAGCAGAAAAGGCGCCGACGAUUGAAAAAUGAAAAAUUGUAUUUGGAGAAUCUUCCUUCUUCCCAAAGAUACUCAAAGUCUUUUAUGCAUAAAUCACAGAUUACCACUAUUGUUAUUCAACCUGAAUCGUCUCGCUCCGGUAUAAUUGCGACAGGUUCGAGCGACGGAUAUUUAAAAUUUUGGCAGAAGACUGAUAAUGAAGAUGGAAUACAAUUUGUUAAACAAUUCCUAGCUCACAAGAGUGCAAUUAGAAAGGCUAUCUUCUCGACGGAUAGCAGACUUCUGUUAACAAUAGGGGGUGAUAAAACAAUCAAGAUUUUCGACGUCUACAGUUUAGAUAUGAUCAACAUUCUUGAAGUUUCUAUAGUGCCUUCAAAUAUAUGUUGGAUCCAGGGACGUGGGUCUGGUGGAUCAUUGAUAGCAGUUUCAGUCGAGAACAGUUCAUCAAUUUACAUCUAUGAUAUCGAGAAAAGUGGCAACCAAGAUUCUGAAGGCGAAGUCGGUAACGUCAGUGGCCAAGACUAUAAGCCAGUAAGAGUAGCAGAUAAGAUACAUAAAGCCCCUGUGACCCUGCUAGCCUAUAACUCCCUCUAUGAUUGUGUUAUUUCCGUUGACAGUCUUGGGAUGAUUGAAUAUUGGCAGCCGUCGGGUAGCAACAUGUACAACAAACCAGAAGGCGUUUUUGAGUUCAAGGGCUCUACAAAUUUAUACGACUUCAGAAAAUCUAAAGCUUCAAUUCUAUGUCUAACUAUUUCACCAGAUGAAUCAAAAUUUGCAACAUUUUCGUCAGAGAGAAGAGUGGCUAUUUUUGAUUUCAAGUCUGGAAGAAAGAUCAGGGAAUACGAUGAGAGCUUAGAAACUAUAGAGGAAAUGCACCGAUAUGGUACCAGUGUAUACAAACCAGAUAAUGGUGAAUUUGCUCGACGGUUAACCCUCGAGAAAGAAGCAAUGAAUGAUAUUACAGCCUUCUCUAAUAUUAUUUUCGAUGAAUCAAGCAAUUUCAUUAUUUACUCGACGUUGUUGGGUAUAAAGUUCGUAAAUAUAGACACCAACACGUGCUCAAAUUUACUGGGAAGAGAGGAAAAUAUUCGCUUUAUGACGCUUAGCUUAUAUCAAGGAAAAGCGUCCUCAGACUACAAUGGUAGUAUUAUGACCAUGGAUAUGGCUACCUCUAAUAACGAAACCAUCUCCAAACAGUUCAAUGAGGAUCCAAUUCUAUUUGCUACUGGUUUUAAGAAAAACAGGUUUUAUUUAUUCAGCAGAUCAAAGGCUGAAUACAAAGAAAUCAAAUCAUCUAGAGACGUUCAUAAUGAAACAAUAGUUAUUAAACCAAGUCAGAGUGCAAAGACGAAUAAAAGUGAGGGGUCAAAAACGCAAUUAUCCAGUACUGUUGUCUUACAUACUUCUCUUGGAGAUAUCACUGUCAGACUUUUUCCAAACUACGCGCCUCUAGCCGUAGAAAAUUUCACAGCUCUUUGCAGGAAGGGUUACUAUGACAAUUUAAUAUUCCACAGAGUCAUCAAAAAGUUCAUGAUACAGGGCGGUGAUCCUGAAGGUGAUGGAACAGGUGGCACAAGCAUUUGGGGUAAGCACUUUAAAGAUGAAUUCACUCCUAUGUUGAGACACGAUCGUCCGUAUACAGUGAGUAUGGCAAAUGCUGGCAAAAAUACAAAUGGAUCCCAAUUUUUUAUUACAACUGAAAAGGCUCCUUGGUUAGAUGACAAGCACACUAUAUUCGGUAGAGUAGAGUCGGGAAUCGAAACCAUUAAAAUGAUUGAGGGAUUGAAAGUAGAUAAGAACGAUAGGCCAGAGGACCCACCCUCCAUUGUAUCUACCACUGUAAAGUAA